AUGACCUUCGCCUACCCACGCAACACGGGCGCUUCUUCCCUUCCCUCCUUCAACCAAUCGAAGUCGUCGAGAUCGUCAAAUAUCCUCAGUCGCGUAUGGGACGGCAUUCCCCCGCAGGCAAAACAAUGGCUUCCCGGGAGUCUCAGCCGGGGAAUUGGCAGAAAUCGGGAUAGUGAGGGGAUAAAGAUAACGGCUAUCAAUCUUGUCAAACGUAUCUUUACGAUAUCCAAUGCCAUUAUUUUGCUGUGGGUAUUCUCGAUUCGGUGGGGUGAACGGACGGUAUUCCAGGACAGCAUUAAUAAAUGCCUUUGGGAGAACUGGGAGGAAUGGCCUCAAGGCGCCACCCCACAUCAUAUUGCUUUUGUCGCCGACCCCCAACUCGUUGAUCCCCACACUUACCCCGGUCGACCAUGGCCUCUGUCGACGUUGACGGUCAAAUACACAGACCAAUUCAUGCGACGGUCAUUCUCCUUGAUACAAGAUCACCUGGAACCGGACUCAGUGCUGUUUCUUGGCGACCUUUUCGACGGCGGCAGAGAAUGGGCCACGGCUACAAGUAGCAGCCCCGAAACGCGGUGGAAGAAGUAUAAAGACUCCUUUUGGAAGAAGGAGUAUAGGCGAUUUAUUAAAAUUUUCGUGGACCCUUGGGUGAAAUUAGUGAAGCCACCUGUCGAUGGACGAGGGCGCAGAAUGAUUGCUAGUCUACCUGGCAAUCAUGAUCUUGGGUUCGGUAACGGCAUCCAGGAACCAGUCCGUGAUCGAUUCCAGUCCUUCUUUGGUAACCCCAACCGCGUCGAUGUUAUCGGGAACCAUACUUUCGUUUCGGUGGACACUCCUUCGCUGAGCGCGAUGGACCAACCCGAUCCAUUGACGGGCAGUUCUCCCACAGCUAGCGAUGAAAACCGUUCCCUCCGCCCGAUCUGGAAAGACGCGGAUGACUUCCUGGAUAAAAUGGCUAUCCACAAGGCGAAGGCGGAAACCGAAGAGCUGCGAAUGCUGCAGAACCAGACUGAGGGGCCCGCCAUCCACCAUAAGGCUCAGCCAGCAGGCGUCGGCUUUCCCACUAUUAUUCUCACACACGUCCCUCUCUACCGCAAGCCAGCUACCCCCUGUGGUCCUCUCCGUGAACGCUACCCGCCGGCUUCACUGGACGAAGAACUGGCAGAGGACGAGCCUAAUUCUCUACGAAUUGCUGGAGGCUAUCAGUACCAGAAUGUCCUAACCCAAACCGUUUCCACGGAACUGGUUUCGAAGGCAGGACCCAACGUAGUCCAGGUGUAUUCCGGCGACGACCAUGACUACUGUGAAGUGUCUCAUCGGGAAUUCAACGGCUCGCCCAAUGAAAUAACCGUCAAAAGUUUUUCCUGGGCGAUGGGGGUCCGCCAACCGGGAUUCGUACUUACCAGUCUGUGGAAUCCAAUCGACCCUAAGACAGGCAAGGCCAUCCAAGAUGGAUCACCACCUACUAUCCAAAACCGCCUUUGCAUCCUCCCAGACCAAUUGGGGAUCUUCAUCUACUACCUCACCAUCCUAGGCCUCAGCGUCUCCAUCCUCCUUCUCCGUUCUAUCUACCGCGUCCUCUACACCCCAGAACCAUCCCCAGCCGGUGCCAUUCUCCCCCUCUCCGAGCGGCGUUCCCUCCCACACCAGUACCACACCUCCGGUGCGUCGAGCUCUACUCUCUCAUCGGUGGGUGGUUUAGCCAGCCGCAAUGGCAUGGCAGCCUCCACCCGCUACCCCGGCACUAAAUCCCCGCAAGAUGCUUAUCGGGGUACAGACGAGGAUUUUGGGACUGUUACCUCAAAGGACAAGGCUGCAUGGCGCCCCGCCUCGGCUACCCGCCCCCGCUCGACGGUAUCUCUCAUCGUCCGGGAUCUGUACCACUCCGUCAAGUUUGUGGUGCAAGUAGUGCUGACUGUGUAUUUCAUCCUGAUCUGGCGCUGGUAG